AUGAGUUCUAAAUUAUUUAGAUUGGAGGCCACUUAUCAAAAUUAUGCUUGGGGUAAGAUUGGUUCCAAAUCUGCUGUUGCCCAAUAUGCUGCCCAUUCUAAUGAAUCUGUAAAAAUUGAUGAAUCCAAGCCAUAUGCUGAACUAUGGAUGGGAACCCAUUCUAACGGUCCUUCCAGACAAGCUGAAACUGGGGAAUUGUUAAAAGAUAUGAUUAAAAAGGAUCCUGUUAAUAUGCUUGGUGAAAAGAUUGUUGAAAAAUUCCAAAAUAAAGAAGAAUUGCCAUUUCUUUUUAAAGUGUUAUCUAUUGAAAAGGUUUUAUCCAUCCAAGCACACCCAGAUAAGGCUUUAGGGAAAAUGUUACAUGAGCAAGAUCCUAAAAAUUACCCAGAUAAUAACCAUAAACCAGAAAUGGCUGUUGCUGUUACAGACUUCGAAGGGUUCUGUGGAUUUAAACCUUUGAAUGAAAUAGCAGAUGAAUUAAAACGUUUGCCUGAAUUUAAAGCUAUUGUUGGUGAAGAUGUUGCUCAAGAAUUUAUCAAUGGUAUCAAACCAGACGCCAUUGAAGGAUCUGAAGACGAUAAAUCCAACAAAAAACUAUUACAAAAAGUCUUCAAUAAGGUUAUGACUGCUUCUGAUGAAUUUAUUGCUAAAGAAAGUGAGAAAUUGGUUGACAGAGCUCAACAAAGUCCAAAAGAUUUCAACAAGUCUGAUUUACCAGAAUUGAUAAUUCGUUUAAAUAAACAAUUCCCCCAAGAUGUUGGUUUAUUCUGUGGUUGCUUAUUGUUGAAUCAUUGUAGAUUGAAACCUGGUGAAGCUAUCUUCUUAAGAGCUAAAGAUCCACACGCUUACAUUAGUGGUGAUAUCAUUGAAUGUAUGGCUGCAUCUGAUAAUGUUGUAAGAGCUGGUUUUACCCCUAAAUUUAAGGAUGUUAAAAAUUUGGUAGAAAUGUUAACAUAUAAAUAUGGCAGUGUGGAAGAUCAAAAGAUGCAACAAGAAUCGUUUGAAAGAUCAUCUGGUAAUGGUGAAUCAGUCCUAUAUAAUCCACCAAUUGAGGAGUUUGCUGUUUUAGAAACUACUUUUAAGCAAUCUACUGGUGUAAGACAUUUUAAACCUUUUGAAGGUCCAAGUAUUUUAAUUACCACAAAGGGAAAUGGUUUUAUUAGUACUGAAGGUGUCAAAUUAAAAGCUGAACCUGGUUUUGUCUUCUUUAUCGCUCCAAACACACAAGUUGACUUAGAGUCUAUGGACCAAGAUUUUACUACUUAUAGAGCAUUUGUUGAGGCUUGA